CCUUCGCCACUUUUCUAUUUAAGCAGCUCUUUCCUCCCUAUACUUUCGCUCAGCCUUAUGACUUCUUCAAAAAAAACACAUUACUAUCCCCCCUCCCCAAAAAAUGGCACGUAGGCAUAGACGUACGGCGGCGGCGGUAGCUAUAGCAGCAGAAAAGGAGGUGCAUUACCGCGGAGUAAGAAAGAGGCCAUGGGGGAGAUACGCGGCAGAGAUAAGAGAUCCACAUAGGAAAUGCCAAGUAUGGUUAGGCACAUUUGACACAGCAGUGGAGGCAGCGAUGGCGUAUGAUGCAGCAGCCAUAGAGUUUCGAGGUGUUAAGGCGAAGACAAACUUCCCAAUUCCUAUUGAUGUAACUCGAAGUCCCAGUGAGGUGAGUACUGUUGAAUCAUCCACUGCGAUGACCAAGAUGAAGAAGGUGGAGGUUCCUGAGGAACUGGUGAUUGUUGAAUCAUCACCGCUUUCGUUGGAUCUAACCCUUGGCAGGUCCUCGUACUGUCUAGGAAGUAAGUUAUUUUCCUCCCAGGCUCAAAAUCAUCUGAAUGCUCGUGGUGGUGGUAGUGGUCUUGAUCGUGGUGAAAUGUUUCAUACUAACAGAUUCAGAUCCAUAAUCAUGGGUUCCGAUGCAGGAGAUCUCAGCGAGUCAGAUUCUUCAUCAGUGGUUGAUUUUAUAGGUAACAAUACUAAGGACAUUCAGAUCGACCUCAAUUUUCCAUCGGUGCCCAAGAACAAGUGAAAUUGCAGAAGUUGAUGAUCGGAGAAUUUGCAUGGUUUAUUGAAAUGUCUUUUAAUUAAUUAGUUGUAAUCUUGUUUAAUUAGUGUAAUCCUCCUUUUAAUUUUCAGUAAUUAGGAUAGAGUUAAAAAAAAAUGAUAAGAGAAAUAAUAGUAGUACUAGUAUAUAUAUGGGGGGAGAAAUGUUCAUCGUCUUAUGUUAA